UGAAGAUACUGGAAAUCUACUUGGCUGCAAAUUGCUGUGGUAGCCAGAGGAUGAGUACCCAGCGGAUGUGAGAAGUUGAAAACAGUCAACGUUCAGCUUCCUUGCCAGCCUCCGUACAGGUCCCUUCCUUCUCUGUAGGGUGGAGUCAAAGAGCACAAUGAGUACUAGAAAGCGCCGUGGUGGCACAGUAAAUUCUAGACAAGCCCAGAAGCGAACUCGGGAAGCAGCCUCUACUCCUGAGAUGGCCUUGGAAGCAGAACCCAUAGAACUUGUGGAAAGUGCUGGAGAUGAAAUAGUGGAUCUCACCUGUGAAUCGUUAGAGCCUGUGGUCGUUGACCUGACUCACAAUGACUCUGUCGUGAUUGUUGAUGAAAGGAGGCGGCCAAGGAGGAAUGCAAGGCGGCCACGUCAGGACCACGCCGAUAGCUGUGUGGUGAGCAGUGAUGACGAGGAGCUAUCCAGGGACAGAGACGUGUACGUGACCACCCAUACUCCCCGAAACACCAGGGAGGAGGCAGCCACGGGACUCAGGCCCUCUGGUACUGUCAGUUGUCCGAUCUGCAUGGACGGGUACUCUGAGAUUGUACAGAAUGGACGUCUCAUUGUUUCUACAGAAUGUGGCCACGUCUUUUGUAGCCAAUGCCUCCGUGACUCCCUCAAGAAUGCUAACACUUGCCCAACUUGCAGGAAAAAGAUCAACCACAAACGAUACCACCCCAUUUAUAUAUGAAGUGUGGAGAGCUGCUCAGGAGAGGUGGACGAACAGACAGACAACCUGGCUGGGUUCUCCACACAGCCUUUCAUGGGUUCUCUGCCUCAAUUUCCUGAGCUCAAAAAGACUAUAUUUCAAAACCAACAUCUGAUAUGUAAACUGCUCUUUUGUUUCCAACCCCCUUAGGCCCUUUCGUUACCUCCAGGUUACAGCUGUGGAGCUGGGACCAGGGCCUCCCAGGCUGGGGACUUCAUCUCUGCUCCUCUGGGUGGUCUGGUUCCAGGGUAGGAGAGAGGGAGUUAGGCACAUUGGAACUGAGAAUCGUGAUUCUAGCCUCUUUCUGGAACCUGCAUGUUUGCCAAGAAAUUUUACCCCAUUUGGAAAGUUUGCCCCAGCUUCCUCCGGGCAGUGUCGACAAGGGGCUGGCCCCGGGCAGAGAGCACGCAGGCCCGCCCAGCUCUCCCCGUGAGCGACAUCGACCCAGGCAUCUGUCUGCCACAGUGAUCAAGCAAAACAAGGUCCAUCCGGCCCAAGGACCCCAGGUGUGAGCACGGCCCUGGAAAGACCCACCACCGGACUUUUCCUUCCCUCGAGAGUCAGAGGUCACCCAUGAUCCCACCUGCACCUUAGCAUUGAUGUGCAGGGAUUUCUGCAGAUCAAGAGAAUCUCUACAGGGCAAUUCCCAGGUUCCCAAGAACGAAAUGUGCAAUAAAGCCUGUCCUUUGCCUACUUUUCAGCAGCCCAGGAGAUGUAGCACUCUUAG